ACCGCGCGCCGGGCGAUGGCAUCAGCGCAACAAGCCACAGCUCAACUUCUUCAGCGAGGAGCAGCUGAGAUCGAGAUGACGACCAACGGCAUGGGCGCCGCCGUCCUCGCUCUCCUCGUCGCCGGCGGCCUCGCCGCGGCCGCCGCCGCGAGGCCCUCCCACGCCGGCGCCAUCAUCCGUCUCCCCACCAGCGGCGGCGACCGGCCGUGGGAGUGCUGCGACUUCGUCGUGCGGGACCCGGACUUCCGGCCGCCGCGGUGGCAGUGCAACGACGUGUCGGCCGAGUGCCCCGCGGCCUGCAGCCGGUGCGAGGCGGCGCCGGGCGACGGCGGCGGCUACGUGUGCCGCGACUGGGUCGUGAGCCUGCUCGAGCCGCCCGUAUGCACGCCGAGGCCGUGGGACUGCUGCGACGCCGCCGUCUGCACCCGGGCGUACAUCCCCGACUGCCGCUGCGCCGACGAGGUGGAGGCGUGCCCGAGCAACUGCAGCGAGUGCGAGCUGGCGGGGGCGGACCCGCCCCGCUACCGCUGCCUCGACCUGUUCCACGGAUACCCCGGGCCCAAGUGCACGCCGUUCCUUGAUUCGAUGGGCAACUAGCCCAGAACACGUACGUCCACAAAUAAAUAAAAUUAGCUAGCUAGCGUACAAGCUACUGUAGCAAGUGAUUGUUCAUCCGACGUGUACAAUUAGCUACCCUGCUCGCUAGCUGCUAGCUGCUACUGUAUUUCGUGCAACUCAAUAAGCGACGUGGCCAAGUAGACCUCAGUCCCAAGUGCAGAUCAGAGUGGAGAUAGAUAUGAUCAACCGACCACAGUACUACACUACCGCUGCACGUUGAUCCAUUGUGCAAGUACGUACUCCCUGCGUCCAUGCGACACCGUGUUGUGGGCCGUGAACGAUGUGGGCUGUCUACUCGUGCAUUUUAGAUGUACUCCAGAUGUGUGUUGGGCUGAACCGAUUUUCUCAGCCUUGUCAGUUCCUGCACGUGUUUUUCCUGCGGCUUUUCGGUGGAGUGAAGGCAACAUUUCAAUUUUCAA